GGUUCUCCCACCCCAAAUUUUAAUUUCAUGACUCUAGACCAGUUUGAAAUCCCUCUACUUCAGUUUUAAUAAUUUAAAAAUGUUUUUUUCAAACACAAAAUCUACAAUUUUAGAUAUUAAAUGAAUUAUUCAUAUGCAUCUGAACGGGCAGCCAGAAAUCGGUCCGGGGCCAUCGGAUCCGGUGCACAGCCACUAAACGGUUCAAACCCGGUCUGAUCUUCACUCUCAGUUCUUCCCCCUGCUUCCAUCGCCAUCGUAAACACAGAUCUCGGUCUGCUUCUUUCUUCUUCUUCAAGCGCUGCAAAACCUAGCAAUUCUUCAGAAGAUAGGAUCGAGAAUGGACGGCGAGGAGCUGACAGAGCAGGAGACAGCAUUAUAUGAUCGCCAGAUUAGGGUGUGGGGCGUUGAUGCUCAGAGGAGAUUGAGCAAAGCUCAUGUAUUAGUCAGUGGAAUGAAAGGGACUGUUGCUGAGUUCUGCAAGAACAUUGUACUCGCAGGAGUUGGUAGUUUGACGUUGAUGGAUGAUCGGCCCGUGACUGAGGAAGCACUGUCUGCUAAUUUCUUGAUUCCUCCUGAUGAGAAUGUGUAUAGUGGGAAAUCUCUCGCUGAGCUUUGUUGUGAUUCUUUGAAAGAUUUCAAUCCGAUGGUUCGUGUUUCUGUGGAAAAAGGUGAUAUGUCAAGCUUUGGUGGAGAUUUCUAUAACAAAUUUGAUGUCGUAGUUGUCAGCAGUUGCUCCCUUGCAAAGAAAAAAUUGAUCAAUGAGAAAUUCCGGAAGUUAUCAAAACGCAUUGCUUUUUAUACUGUUGAUUGCAGGAACUCCUGUGGUGAAAUAUUUGUUGAUUUACAGAGUUAUAUAUAUUCAAGGAAAAAACUUGAUGAAACUGUUGAAUGCCAAUUGCAUUAUCCAAGUUUUGAGGAAGCUGUUGCCAUACCAUGGAAAUCACUUCCCAGGAGAGUGUCAAAGCUAUAUUUUGCUAUGCGAGUGAUAGAAAGGUUUGAGGAGGUUGAGGGGCGUGGUGCGGGGGAGAUUUCAUUAGCAGAUCUUCCAGGCAUUCUGAAACUGAGAAAGGAACUUUGCGAGGCACAUCUGCUGAAUGAAGCUCAUAUCCCCAAUGCUCUCCUGGAAAGACUGGCGGCAGGUACAAGAGAAUUCCCCCCAGUGUGUGCCAUUCUCGGGGGCAUUCUUGGACAGGAGGUUAUCAAAGCCAUAUCAGGCAAAGGGGAUCCCCUCAAGAAUUUCUUCUUCUUUGAUGCUAUGGAUGGGAAAGGCAUAAUCGAGGACAUAUCGAAUCCUAACAGUGGAACCACCUAGUAGGCACUGGUCUGAGCCUUCUCCUUGGAUUGGUAUAGACUAUAGGAAUGUAACAUUUUGGGCAUCCAUGUAUGAUAACUACCAGAGAGGAAAUCCCAGAAUUUUGAUGAUGCAUUUUUAGGAAAUCGAUCCCCUGUUGUUUAUUUUAUCACGAGCUUGAAAAUUUUCUAGUUCAAACAAGCAUCACUAAUCUUUCUGGGGUUUUCCCAGCCCACAAUAUCUAUCAACUCCUCAAUAUAUUUAUAUGCUGACAUA